AUGGCCCUCCCUCUCCAGAUGAAGCAGGUUGAGGCCAAACUCGGAAAAGCGGUGGAGACUGUCAAGCGGUUACUACAUGCAGAGAGAGUGCCGCAGUUUGCAGGCAAUGUCCACCACCAGUACGAGGAUAAGUACUUGCUCGUGGAAAGAGUAACGUGCUUGGCAGCCGCAUCCCAGCUGAGCUGUCUUGGCAUGCUUGGACUCACACACGAGCACCUUCAGACGAUGCGCAACUGGGCUGCGGAAGGAUCUUCCGUGUCGUUGCGGUUCAAGUCCAAGGAAGCCUGCAGUUUCUUGAGGGAGGAGACCCGAGAAGAGGAGGACCCGAGGAAGCACGUGGAGGAACGAAGCAUCGGUGGAAUGGUGCGGAGCGCGGUGACUAGCAAGGUUGUCACGAAGAUCACAGAGUACUUCUGGCAGUUUGAGGCUUCCUAUUCUUUGGAAGCUUUUCGUGGGGUUGGAUCGGACUCCGCAGAUCGGCUGGUUCUUGCCAGCUACACAGGGGCCACGGAGCUCAAGACCACCACCAAAUCUCCUGCCCCACAUCCAGAAGCAAGGGUUCCAGCAAUCAACCAGGAAGUGAACAUCACCUGGCUCGUCCAAGCUUUAAGCAGUGAACCGGUGACGCCUCAAUUCCAAAUCAAUCGGAACCCGGAGGUUCAGAAGGCGGUUGAACACUUCAACUCCUUUGCUUAUUGGACACAAUAUGUGGUGGACUACUUCCACCACCUCCGAACAGUUCAGCCUCGAAAGCCUGAUGAAAGCACUUUCUGUCCUGUGCUGUCUACCGGAGAUGGGAACUGCUUCCUGGCAGAGGAGCUCCGAUGCCUGAAGGACCGCUGCACCUCACCGCGGUCGGUUAUUGACUUAAGACUGGGUCUUGUCAGGGCGGCGGAAAUUAGCACAGCGGUUGUCCUGCUUCACAGCCGCGAUGUGUGUGACGCGUGGAAGAAAACUAUGGAGUAUGUGGAAGGCAUGCUCCGACAGCAGCUUUCAGCUGCGAUUGGUAACGAGAUCGGCCCGGCCGAAUUUGCAGCCUACAUGCAGUUCCACUACAGGAAAUUAUUCCUUGACAAGUACCAGCCAAAGCAGUUCUGCUUUCCGGUGAGACGCUCCGAGAGACAUGCUCCCGAAGGGACAAUUAGUUUAGACGAGGAAGCCACGGGCUUGAUAGAUGGUGGCAGCAUUCGCUCGCCUGUCGUAACCAUUUCGCAGUGCAGCAGCAAUCCAGUGGCCAUGUCCUUUGACCUCAGCGCGUCGACCACCGUCACCUUCAGCGGCCAGGUACACCUGCAUGGGUGGCUUUCCCACAGCUUCUCAGGGCAGAACGGCUGUAACCUUUUCCUGACAUCGAGGGCGAGGCAAUUUAGCUCCAUGGUGGUGCUGGUGGGUCGGGUCACUUCGGCGACCACCUUCGACCCCACAUAUGCGGCCAUCGUCCAGAAUAAAGAUGAGCUUAGCAUACCCCUGGAGCUCUCUGUCAUUCCCACACCGAAGGAGUUCAAGGACGCAAUCGCUUCGCUAUCACCGGAACAGCAAGCGUUCGCAAAAGCCUUCCGUGCCAUGCAGCUUGAAAGCACGCUGUUCGGUGUUGCCGUGGUGCAAAUCAAACCUCAGCUGGAGAAGUUGCUCAACCUAGCUGUGGACAGCCUCACCAAGGAAAUUAAGCUGACCCAGGACAUCAUGGAGCUUUUUCUGAAGUACCAGAUCCCCAGUGACUUGCUGUCCUUCGACGAGGAACCUGUGGCUGGAUCCACUUUCGCGCCGCCGGCAAGGCCUGCAGAGCGUGUGGCUACCGUCAAGGGGCAUGUGAAGGCAAUGCUUGACAUGAUUGAUGAGGAAAAGCGGUUGGAGAUCGAGGAGCGUCGCCGGCAGGAGGAGUACCUCCGCCCGCAACUCAUGGAGCUGCACCGUGGGGAGCUCGAGGACUGCUUGGAUGGCGCCAUGCACGAGAGAUUUGCACUUGAAGAGUGCAAAAAAGAAGCAGAGGAAGAAGGUCUGAAGCUGGAAGUCAAGAAGAAAAGGAAGAAAUGCAAGAUGCAGUCCAGGGAGAAGGAAGCGAGGGCGAGCGAGGUGAUGAUAGAGAUGACGGCAGACCCUUGCUCAGCACAGGAACCGGCUCAGUCCUCCGACUCAACAACGCAGAAGGACAACUCCCAAGCGGAGCCUGGCCAACAGGGCCAAGGCAGCGGACCGGGAGCGAACAGCGGCGCCACCAGAGAUUAUGCACAGGUGCCGCAGGAGAUGGACGAGCAGUUCGAGAAGUUGGAUCCUGACAGCGCCCUGCGCCCAACAAUCAUCACUCCAGGAAGCGUGUGGAGCAAGAAAUCUCAGAAGUCAUUGCUGGCACAGCCAUCCACCGCACAGCUUCUCAGUGAUGACCAGAAGCGCGAAAAGGAUGCGGCGUUCGACCUACUUGAUGCCAUCACCAAGUCGGGAGCACUUGAGCUGAGCGACGCCACCCUUCACAUUGUCAUUGCCGCAACACACUGCUUUGACAAGACAGUCAUGGAGUGCGCCAUCCAGGACAACGUGAACCCAAUCGAACGAGUGGAGCGAUCAUCUCUGAUCAUGGCCUCUACGAUCCACCAGGAACCCGCAAAAGCCUUGGUCAAUGAAAACAAUGUUCCGCGCCUCAGCAAAGCAUCUCCGCAGAUGUUCCUGGAAGAUGGGGAGUGA